UCAUAGUUUGACCUUACAUGAUUACUGACCUACGUUAGGUAAGCUCUACCUUGUGUAACCCUCACCCGUAAUUUUAGAGGCAUUUGCGUUCGUUCUCAGUGCAGAACAACGUCGAAGAGAAGCCAGUGCGUCAAUCUACUGCAGAGAAGAAGUCUGAACUGUAUCAGUGGUUGUUUUAUUUCGUUGAAGGUCAAUCUUCGCUUCACAAGAUGGCGUCCGUUUUGAACAAGUCGGUGGCACUUUGGUCUGCGUCAAGACAGCCCAUGAUCGUCGCCUUGCAGUUGAGCCGAGGAGCCCAGACAGCAGCAGCAGCAGCUCCUCAAGAACAGCCCCGACUCAAGAAGUUCAAGAUCUACAGAUGGGACCCAGACAAGAUGGGAGACAAGCCAAGGAUGCAGGAGUACAGUGUAGAUUUGAACAACUGCGGCCCCAUGGUUUUAGAUGCUCUGAUCAAAAUCAAGAAUGAGGUUGACCCAACUCUGACCUUCAGACGGUCAUGCAGAGAAGGUAUCUGUGGCUCCUGUGCCAUGAACAUUGGCGGCACCAACACGCUUGCCUGCAUCAGUCGCAUUGACACCAACCUGCGCAAGGCCACCAAGAUCUACCCCCUGCCUCACAUGUAUGUGGUCAAGGACCUUGUCCCAGACAUGUCCAACUUCUACGCCCAGUACAGAUCUAUUGAGCCUUUCCUGAAGAGGAAGGAUGACAUGCAGCAGGGAGAGGAGCAGCUUUUCCAGAGUGUGGACGACAGAGCAAAGCUGGAUGGGCUGUACGAGUGUAUCCUGUGCGCGUGCUGCUCCACCUCCUGUCCCAGCUACUGGUGGAACGGAGACAAGUACCUGGGCCCCGCCGUGCUCAUGCAGGCCUACCGCUGGAUGAUUGACAGCCGGGACCAGUUCCGGAAGGAGCGUCUGGAGAAGCUACAGGACCCGUUCUCCGUGUACCGCUGUCAUACCAUCAUGAACUGUACCAAGACUUGUCCCAAGGGCCUGAACCCAGGCAGGGCCAUCGCUGAGAUCAAGAAGAUGAUGGCUGGGCUUGCAUAAAUAUUAACAGACUAAAAAUAUUAAAGAAAAAUAUUGGACAUUUGUAUAUUAUAGUUUCCCUUAAGCUUUGCACGAAAUGUUGAAGAGCAUCAUCUAUUUGUAUGCUUUGGAGCAGAAUUGUGAAAAAUGGAAAGAUUUG